AUGCUUCUGGAGGCGGUCGGGGGUCAGCGGCUUCUAGUUAGGAUGCCAUCUGGCGCCUGGACAGAGAAGCGCUGCAAGGGGAGGGAUCCUGCUGAACGGGCGGGAACAGGGGGCACUGGGCAGCCCGCCGGGAGGAAGACAGGGUAUGAAAGCACUCGCCCUGCAUGUCAUCCGACAUGGGGACGAGAGGCGGGGUUGGCAGGGAUGCCCUUGAGGCCCCCGCUUGGCUUCUCCCAGAGGACGGCCGUGGCGGGGGAGGCCCUGGAGUGGGAGAACCCGGACGCAGAGUCCGGAAAGACGUCGUCCAAGGUGGCGACGUCGUUAAACCUCGAUGUGGUCGUCGUCGUCUUCGACGUCCGGAACUCCGGCCUUAAAAAUGUCGAUGGCCUCGGGAGAGGUCCACCGACGGGUCAUGAUACAACGGACUACGAGAACCACAAUCUACCAGGCCCAAGGCAACAAUCUCCUCCCUCUGAGUCUGCUGUGGACGUCCCAGGCAGAGGAGAGCCGUUGGGAGCACCUCUUAAGGUCAAACAUCUAUCUAAAGACUUACAGAUCAUCUCCACCAAACCCAAGGCCCCGCUCCUGGCUCAGUCGGGGCCCUUCGGCUGGCCCCAGAACCUGUCCCAAACCGUGGACCAGUUCCUGUACCGCACCGCCCCCAAAGCCAAAGCCCCCGGCCCCGUGGGCAGGCCGGCGCCCAAGGCCAAGAAGGUCUUGGGCUGGGGCGACUUCUACUUCAACGUGAAGACGGAGAAGUUCAGCCUCCUGGUGACGGGGAAGAUCGUGGACCACAUCAACGGGACGUUCAGCGUGUACUUCAGACACAACUCGUCCCGCCUGGGGAACAUCACGGUGAGCAUCGUGCCCCCGUCCAAAACCGUCAGCUGGGACCCGGACCCCGGGGACCGGCCUGGGACCGCCGCCUUCGCCGGUCACCAGCCGUUUCUGGUUCCAGAGUCCCAGGUCCGGGGGCCUCCGCAGACCACGGCCACCGGGACCCGGCCGGACCAGCAGCAGCAGCAGCAGGAGGUGGUGAUGGUGAUGACAGAGCUCAACUGCCGGGUGGAGUACCAGAGGACCAACCGGUCCAAGAAGACCAAGCCGUGCCUCUACGACCCGGGUCAGGUGUGCUACUCGGAGAACACCCAGUCGCAGGCGGCCUGGAUCUGCGCCAAGCCCUUCAAGGUCAUCUGUAUCUUCAUCGCGUUCACCGGCACCGACUACAGGCUGGUGCAGAAAGUUUGUCCGGACCAUAAUUUCCAGACGGACCAGAACCAGCAGAACGUAGGAUGA